AUGGCGCGAAGAUGGCUCUUGCUGCUCCUGUUGCUGAGAUGUGAUGCCCAGGAAUCUGACCUCCUGGCAGAGGUAGCUCGACUCAAAGCGGAGGUGGAACGCCUCAAGGCUCAGCCCGCGCCUCCCCUGAACUUUGGGUAUGGCCAAGCAGCGCAGCCGCCCUAUGGCCAGCCAAGCCAAGCCAUGGGACAAGCUUAUGUCCCACCGCCAGCAUAUGGCCAGCAGGCCUUUAGCCAACAGGCCUAUGGGCAACAAGGCUAUGGCCAACAGCAGGCCUUUGGCCAAGCCUAUGGCCAGCAGGCCUAUGGGCAACAGGCCUAUGGGCAACCGGCCUAUGGACAACAGGGCCAUCACCAAGGCUAUCAGGCCUUUGGCCAGCCUCCCUUUGGGCAAAUGCCGCAGGCUUAUCAGCAGCCAUAUGGUCAAGCUUUUCCUCAGUCUGAUGUUCAGCAGAGUGCCACACAGCAACUGGAAGCAUUGAGACAAUCCCUGGGUGGUAUGCCAGGAGGUCUUGGGGGUCGAGCUGCUAGUCCAGCUAGUCCAGCUCCACCUGCUGAUGGCUGUACCUCCAACCCGCUCUUUGCGAAGCUGCACAGCACCCUGCAGAAGUUGGCCUUGCUUGAGCAAGAUCCCGUAGAGGCGUCGUUCCAAAUCCACGAAGCUUGGGAAGAGAACCCUGCCAUCUUUGACGAAUGCCCUGCUGGAGUGGUGACGGCUUUGGUCUACCUGAGCAUAGCCCAGGAUCGGGACUGGAAGUAUCGUCUCCUCCACCGAGCAACAUACAUGCUGUACUCCACGCCUGGGCUGCAGAUGAGAAUGGCAUCAGGCCGUUGGCCGAUGUCUGACAGGCUCAUUCGAACCAUGUACCAUAAUUCUGAGGUCAUGAACAAGCUGCCAUUGAAACUGGCAGAAGUUGAGGUGCAUGGAAGCACUGCGGCCUCGCAACAGCUGGGGGUCAUCAAUAGCGAUGAGGCCAUGGAGCUGUCGAUGAGGCACAAAGACACAGUCGCUGUGCACUUCAAAACUGUGCUCUUCUACCACUUCUACCACCAGGAGCGUUCACCCUGUGCAUGCAGAACGCGCUCUUGGUGUCUCCCGUUCUGGACCAGGUUCUUGACCAACAGUAGUGUGGAUGUGUGGCUCGCUGCACGUGAUGAACAGAAGACGCUGUUUCGGAUGGACCGAAGUGGCUGUCUUCGCAACACAGGUCACAGUUUGUCAUCCAACUUCUUUGCCGAGCCCAUUGAUUUAAUGUUUGUCUUUGAGAUCAACGCCUUCAUGCAUCCCAUUGCGCGUGUGAUGCCCGCUAAGCGGGUGCUGCUGUAUCCCACGUACGACCUCUCAGAUGACCAGAUCUCCAACUUUGAGGAUUUGGGUGUAUCGGUGCUCCCGGAUGAUGCGAUCCUGAAGCCUCCGAACCCGGCCUUCCGAAAGAUUCUGGAGGAGGCUGUUGCAAUGCGGCAAGCUCGGCUACAAAGGCCCAAGGACAGACUGCUGCUUCUACCGGCGGACAUUCGGCCCAUCAAGGGCCAAUUGGACUUCUUGGCCGGUUUAGUCUUUGAAGGGGCACGACGUCCUUCUGCUGUGCAAAGAUUGCGCGGCCUUACCCUGGUGGUGGCUGGUGGCUGCGAUGGCAACCAGACCUACUGUGCCGAGGUCGUGGCCAUGACACAGAAGAUCAAUGCGGAAAAGCUGCUGAACGUCGUCGUAGCGGAUCAGCUCAAGGACGAUGAGUUGGCACAGCUCUUCACAGCAUCUUUGGGAGUGGUGCUACACCCUGUCAUCGACUGCAAUCCUCGGGUCGUCUAUGAGGGACUCCUGACUGACACCCCUUUCUUUGUCACAGAGAGUGCACGGCUGCCAGCAGCUGUGCAACACCUAGGACAUGUGACUGAUGGAGAUCCCGGCAUGGUGGCGGAACGGUUAGCCGACUUCGUGGAUCUCAGUGAGGCUGGCGGCUUCACCGGCCGCGCGCGAGACUUUGCCCAGAAGCACCUCAACGAGGUGGACAAUUACCGGAAGGUGCUGGAGUGGAUGGACAAUAAGUACAUCAGUGGAAAGGUGUCUGAGCCCACCAUCAGGGGUGAGGAGGCGCUCGAUGGCCUUGGGGGUCUUGGUGGCAACUUGGCCAGCAUCCUUUCAGGUGCUGGUGGCGGCCUUGGUGGUAUUGGUGGCCUUGCUGGUCUUGGUGGUCUUGGAGGUGGCGUUGCCAGCCCACCACCACAGCGCGCAGCAGGAGGAGGCAACAUGGGUUUCAACAUGCGGGAGCCGGUGCGACGAUGA